UGUUGGUGUCAUUUGAGGAUGUGGUUGUGGACUUCACCUGGGAGGAGUGGAGGGACUUGAAUGAUGCUCAGAGGACUUUGUACAGGGAUGUGAUGCUGGAGAUCUACAGCAGCCUGGUGUCAUUGGGGUACUGCAUUAGUAAACCUGAGGUGAUCCUCAAGUUGGAGAAAGGAGCAGAGCCAUGGAUAAGAAAAGAAUACCCAAAGCAGUGCCUCCCAGAUGUCCAGAUAGUCAAUGACCUCAUUGAGAGGAGCCAAGAUAGUCAUGGUAGAUACUUGUGGCGAGGUGUAAUCAUCAAUGGAAAUCAAUCAACUGAGGAGAGAGUGGAGUUAGGAAAAUCAGUGAAUGCACUUUCAAUGCAUACUUUGAAUCUGGUUAUAAAUAAUGGAAACUAUUCAGGAGUGGUGCAUGAGGAGUUUAAAAAAUGUCAGAAUGCAGUUCUUCCCGAGACUGAUGCCAUGUGUGCUGGACAGAAACCUGAUGAGCAUAAUAUGUCUGAGGAAUCACACAGUCAUCAUGAGCAUCUUAGUGAGCAUCCUCAGAUUCCAGCUGGGCAACUUUUUGAAUAUAGUGGAAAUGGACAGUUCUCCAAUACAGUGCCAAUAAUAUUUGCUUAUAAGAAAACUCAUAUGGGUGAGAUCACUUGUAAAUGUAGUGAGUAUGGGAAAGCCUGUAAUAAGUCAUCUGUCAUUGCCCAAGAGAUAGCUCAGGUUGGGAUGAAAACUUUUCAGUGUAUCAUAUGUGGGAAAAUGUUCUAUAAAAAGGCUAGACUUACUCAACAUCAGAUUAUACACACAGGAGAGAAACAUGAUAAAUACAGUGAGUGUCAGAAAUCUUUUAUCAAGCAAUCAUACCUUAUUUCAUAUCAGGGAACAUCUACAGGGAAAGCUUUUAACCAAAAGUCAGCCCUCAAUAGGCAUCAGAGAAUUCACAAAAGUAAAACAACAUAUGAAUGUAAGGAAAAUUCAAAAGCUUUCAACCAAAUGUCAGCCUUCAGUAUGCAUUGGAGAACUCAACCAGGUGAUAAGCCCCACAAAUGUAAUGGAUGUAGAAAAAGAAUUAACAAGCCAUCCUUCAGAAUGAAUCAGAGUACUCACACAGGGAAACCACCUUAUGAAUGUAAAGAAUGUGGAAAAGCUUUUAAGCAAAAGUCAAAACUCAGCAGGCAUCAGAGAAUUCACACAGGUGAGAAACCAUAUGAAUGUAAAGAAUGUGGAAAAGCUUUUAAGCAAAAUUCAAAACUCAGCAGGCAUCAGAGAAUUCACACAGGUGAGAAACCAUAUGAAUGUAAAGAAUGUGGAAAAGCUUUUAAAUUUAAGUCACACCUCAGAAUGCAUCAGAGCAUUCACAGAGGUGAGAAACCACAUGAAUGUAAAGAAUGUGGAAAAGCUUUCAAAAAAAAGUCAUACCUCAGCAUGCAUCAGAGAAUUCACACAGGUGAGAGACCCUAUCAAUGUAAAGAAUGUGGAAAAGCUUUUAACCAAAAGUCACACCUCAGCAGGCAUCAGAGAAUUCACACAGGUGAGAAACCAUAUGAAUGUAAAGAAUGUGGAAAAGCUUUUAAUCGAAAGUCAGAUCUCAGCAUGCACCAGAGCGUCCAUCCAGGUGAGAAACCAUAUAAAUGUAAAGAAUGUGGAAAAGAUUUUAAGUUAAAGUCACACCUCAGCAAGCAUAAGAGAAUUCACAGAGGUGGGAAACCAUAUGGAUGUAAAGAAUGUGGAAAAGCUUUUAACCAAAAGUCAACCCUCAGAAUGCAUCAGAGAAUUCACACAGGUGAGAGACCAUAUGAAUGUAAAGAAUGUGGAAAAGAUUUUAACCGAAAUUCACACCUCAGCAGGCAUCAGAGAAUUCACACAGGUGAGAGACCAUAUGAAUGUAAAGAAUGUGGAAAAGCUUUUAAUCGAAAGUCGCACCUCAGAAUGCAUCAGAGAAUUCACACAGGUGAGAAACCAUAUGAAUGUAAAGAAUGUGGAAAAGCUUUUAAGUUUAAGUCACAUCUCAGAAUGCAUCAGAGAAUUCACAGAGGUGAGAAACCAUAUGAAUGUAAAGAAUGUGGAAAAGCUUUUAACCACAAGUCACACCUUAGCAUGCAUCAGAGAAUUCACACAGGUGAGAGACCAUAUCAAUGUAAAGAAUGUGGAAAAGCUUUUAAACAACAGUCAGCCCUCAGCAGGCAUCAGAGAAUUCACACAGGUGAGAAACCAUAUGAAUGUAAAGAAUGUGGAAAAGCUUUUAAUCGAAAGUCAGAAAUCAGCAGGCGUCAGAGAAUUCACACAGGUGAGAAACCAUAUGAAUGUAAAGAAUGUGGAAAAGCUUUUAAUCGAAAGUCAGAAAUCAGCAGGCGUCAGAGAAUUCACACAGGUGAGAGACCAUAUGGAUGUAAAGAAUGUGGAAAAGAUUUUAACCAAAAGUCACACCUCAGCAGGCAUCAGAGAAUUCACAGAGCCGAGAAGCCACAGUAACGUAAAGAAUGUGGAAAAGCUUUUAACCAAAAGUCAAUCCUCAGCAUGCUUCAGGGAAUUCAUACAGGUGAGAAGCCACGUGAAUGUAAUGAAUGUGGAAA